AUGGCCAAUCCUCCUCACGGUAUGAACGCGCAGUUGCACAAGCGUGGUAUCCUCAAGGACCUCAUUGCCCGUGAUGCUCCUCGUCGCCAGGAGCUCAUUGACGAGGCCGAGAAGCUUCCUGCCAUUGUCCUCAAUGAGCGUCAGCUUUGUGAUCUCGAACUGAUCCUUAACGGAGGUUUCUCCCCUCUUGAGGGUUUCAUGAACGAGAAGGACUACAAGGGCGUUGUCGACAACAACCGUCUCGUCGAUGGCAACCUUUUCUCCAUGCCUAUCUGCCUUGAUGUCACACAGGAGAUCAUUGACGAAGUCAAGGCUAAGGCCGGUACACGCAUCACCCUCCGCGACUUCAGAGACGACCGCAACUUGGCCAUCAUCACCGUCGACGAUAUCUACCAACCUGACAAGAAGAAGGAGGCAAUCGAGGUCUACGGUGCUGAUGACGAAGCCCACCCGGCCGUCAAGUACCUGUACAGAACUGCUGGCGACUUCUGCAUUGGUGGCAAGAUCGACGCCAUUGACCGUCUGAUGCACUACGACUAUGUCGCUCUCAGAUACUCCCCUGCAGAGAUCCGUCUGCACUUUGACAAGCUCGGCUGGUCCAAGGUGGUCGCCUUCCAGACUAGAAACCCCAUGCACCGCGCUCACCGUGAAUUGACUGUUCGCGCUGCCCGCUCCCGCCAGGCCAAUGUCCUCAUUCACCCCGUUGUUGGUCUCACCAAGCCUGGUGACAUUGAUCACUUCACCCGUGUCCGUGUUUACCAAGCUCUCCUCCCCCGUUACCCCAACGGCAUGGCCGUCCUCGCCCUUCUCCCUCUGGCCAUGCGUAUGGCCGGGCCCCGUGAGGCUUUGUGGCACGCCAUUAUCCGCAAGAACCACGGUGCUACCCACUUCAUUGUCGGUCGUGAUCACGCUGGACCCGGCAAGAACAGCCAGGGUCAGGACUUCUACGGCCCUUACGACGCUCAGGACCUUGUUGAGAAGUACAGAGACGAGCUCGGCAUUGAGGUCGUUCCUUUCCUCCAGAUGACCUACCUCCCCGACUCGGACGAGUACCGCCCCAGAGACCAGGUCCCCAAGGAUGUCAGAACUCUCGAUAUUUCCGGUACCGAGCUCCGCCGUCGUCUGCGUAGCGGUGGUGACAUUCCCGAGUGGUUCUCAUAUCCCGAAGUUGUCCGCGUGCUGCGCGAGUCGCACCCGGCUCGCAACAAGCAGGGUUUCACCGUCUUCCUGACUGGUUACGCCAACAGCGGCAAGGACGCAAUUGCCCGUGCCUUGAACGUUACCUUCAACCAGCAGGGUGGCCGCACCGUAUCGCUUCUUCUCGGCGAGACUGUCCGCUCAGAGCUUAGCUCCGAGCUCGGCUUCAACAAGGAGGACCGCAACACCAACGUUGGUCGCAUCGGUUUCGUCGCCAGUGAGUUGACCAAGGCUGGCGCCGCCGUUAUUGCUGCACCUAUCGCACCCUUCCAGUCCAGCAGAAAGCACGCCCGCGAGCUUGUCGAGAAGUUCGGAUCUUUCUACCUCAUCCACGUUGCCACACCGCUCGAAGAGUGUGAGAAGACCGACCGUAGAGGUAUCUACGCCGCCGCUCGCCGUGGUGAGAUUAAGAACUUCACCGGCGUCGACGACCCUUACGAGACACCAGCCGAGGGCGAGGCCGACUUGACAGUUGAUUUGACCAAGAUCAGCGUGCGCACAGCUGUGCACCAGAUCGUCUUGCUCCUCGAGGCCGAGGGACUCUUGGACCAGCUCUAA